GCGUUCAAAUGAAUGAGUUCCAGAUGCCAUUUCAUCGGCGUUUUUCGACUCUAAAAUAAACAGCCAGUAUGUCAACAUUUCUAGAUCUACGACCCGCACGGGCACGGUGCUACCGGCUGAGUUUGACAGAGUUGUUUCUGUGCCCCUAGUAUCGACCUAGAAGGCGUCGCAACUCGCAAGUUUGUUUUGAGAAGAGGCAAAAGAUGUCUGCCUCGACGUCGACAGCUCCAAACCUUUCUGAUGACAGAACGCAAAGGUUUUAUAAAGACGUUAGUGCCGAGGAAGUCCUGACCUGGAUCUUGGAGUAUGCUUGUAAAUACGGACUGAAGGAGGUGGUCAAUGGCAUCUCGGCAGGUAAUCCCAGGAAACUGCUGCAGUAUGGGAUCACAGAAGGGCGACUGGUGGCGUACCUACUGUGGAACUGCGUAUCCGAGAACUUGGUGGAAGGAUACGACCUCUGUAUCCAGCUCCUCAGGCACACCUACACUCACGCACCUCUCGUGCGCUUCCAACAUUAUGUACGGAUACUGUUUGCGCUCAAAGUCAAGGUCAUGCUGCACAUCCUGGCAGACAAGUUUGAGUUGUGCCUCGCUAGUUCCAAACUAAAGGAGUUGUUCCCGAAGGAGGGAGAAAAACUGCCUCCAUCACUGGAACAUGACGCUACGGGAUUUUAG